AAAUGCAACACCCCGACCACACCACACCACCCCACCCACAAUAAAAGUAAUAAAAAGGAGAAGAUGGAAGAAUCAAACCGGGGUCUACCUGAUAUGGCACUAACCGCCAACGGGGGCACUAAAAGAAAACUCAAAAACUCUUAUAAAUAUAACAAACACAAAAUCUCCAAGCAAAUAAAAACAAAAACACAGAAGAAAAAAAAAGUGCAAAGAAAGAAGAAGAUGGGAAACUGUUUAGUAAUGGAGAAGAAGUUGAUAACGAUAAUGAGAAAUGAUGGGAAGGUACUUGAAUAUAGAAAACCCAUUUGUGUUCAUCACAUCCUUACUCAGUUCUCUGGCCAUUCUGUCUUCGACAACAAUACUAGUUGUCAUCUUCAGCCUGAUGCUAAACUUCUCUCUGGUCGUCUCUACUACCUCCUACCAACAACAAUAAACAAGAAAAAGACCAAGAAAGUGAGGUUUGCUGAUCCUGAGGUGAAACCAGAAGAAAGAUUACCAAGUGAAGAAGAUGAACAACAUCAUGGUGAUACUGAUGAAAGCAAGAGCAACAGAGAUGACAACAAAAGCAUGAGUGUUGUGAGAAUGAAGAUCGUUGUGCGUAAGCAAGAGUUGGAGAAGCUGCUUCGAGGAGGGUCGGUCCAUGAGAUGAUGUACCAGACUCUUGAGAAACAAGUUUUGCAUACUGAUGAUGAUGAUAAUCUUGAAUGUAAUGGAGGGUGGAGACCUGUGUUAGAUAGCAUACCUGAACCUGAAUACUAAGAAGAAUAUAACAGAUAGAUAAUAGAUAUAUAUACAAAAAAAGUCUUGAGUUUGUUCAAAGGACAAAAUUUUUUGGGUUUUGGUUGUAUAUAAACUAGCCCUGGAUGAUAAAACUUUAAUAUUUGUUUAGAAGAUAAGCGCUGGGUUAUUUGCUGUUACCCUAUGGUCUUGCAUUACACGUUCAAUAACUCAACAAAUCGUUUGUUCAUCCUAAUUUUAAAACAGUAAUGGAAUGUCUAUAAUUAGAAAUGACACGAAUAUUUCCCAAUCAGCGUUUGCUUGCUCCCACAUUAGUAAUUUGUUGUGAAACGCAGCGUUUAGAGAAGAAAACAAAAACUCGGCGUCCAAAUAAAACAAUCUGUCAUUUUUUCAUAAACUACUAGUUGUUUAACCUAUUCAAACGAAACCACUAUGCCGUUUCUCGCGUAAAUCUUAUUUUUCUUGUUGUCUCUCUCUCACGUUGAUCCAAAAAGUGCUUAAGAACAAAACAAACAAAAAAAAAGAACAGAACA